CCUUGCUGUGAUGCUCUCAGUGUUGUAGCACCAAAGGGAGGAGGAGCCAGAAGCAAACAAACACAUUCAGACUCUGACAUCUCGUCUCCUCUGCACACUCUCUGUAAGCAACGAGCAGCUAGUUUUGGAACCAGGGAGCCCAGUUGUCUUGCAAACCCACGAUGGAUGUAUUCAUGAAAGGGUUCUCUAUGGCCAAGGAGGGAGUGGUGGCUGCUGCUGAAAAGACCAAAGCAGGCAUGGAGGAGGCAGCAGCCAGAACCAAAGAAGGAGUGAUGUAUGUAGGCAAUAAGACAAAGGAGGGAGUCGUCUCAUCAGUAAACACAGUGGCCAACAAGACUGUGGAUCAGACUAACAUCGUAGGAGACACAGCGGUCGCAGGGGCCCACGAGGUGUCGCAGGCGACCGUGGAAGGUGUUGAGAACGUUGCAGCGUCAACUGGGCUGAUCAAUCAGGAGGAGCCUUUUUACGAGGGAGAGUACGGAGGAAUGGAGCAGGGCGGAGAAGGAGGAGAGGGUUAUUAGUCUUCUUUAGGACCCCCCAGGAGACCCUCGGCCUCUUCACCUCGCUGUUCAGAUUCCCAACAUGUUUUUUUUUUUUUUUUUGUGACUUUACAAAACCAAAAGCAACUCAUACUGACUUUUCCAGAUACUACACCUCAGCCCUACUUGUUUAGUCCUUCCCAAAACAAACCCAUGACACUCACCUUCUUUUCUUCCCCUGCUGGUUCUUCGCCCCUCUGCUGCUUCCCCACCUCAGUGCUUUGCGUCCUCACUUCACUUGUGUGUUUGUGUCGUUCUGAAAUGAAUCAUAGUGUUGUUGCCAUUCCAUGCCUUCCAGCCCAUGGAGAAAUUCUUAACACACAUUCACAUUCACACAAACAAGAUGAGAAACUGUAGCAAUGUGAGGAAAAUAAACAUUUGCACACAAAACAUUCUGUCAAAUGCCAGCAAAGAUCUCUCAGUGAGGAACUGAGACAGUUGAAACCACUGCAGGAGAUUCAACUUUGAAAAUCGUUUAAAAAAAAGAAGUCUUUCUAUAUAGGAAAAACAGGAGAGGCCACGGCAGGGUGUGUAGUUAGUUUGCUAAUGCAUGCAUGUUACCUGGACUAAUCUAGAGCAGCUGCAGGCUUUUCCAUAAAGACAAACCUCCAGUGGCUUGUGCAGGGAUUGAUGCAAUAAAGACAGAAGAAGUUCUGUUAGAUGUACAGCGGUUUUGCAUGCGCUAAAGUCUCUAGAGUAGAGCAGUGCAGCUGUCCUGUGACGCUUUGUGUGGUUUCUGUGUGUUUUGCUUCUGCAUUUAGAAACUGUGGAGUGAUGCUGUGAAUCUGAUAUGAUGCAUGAGCAAGUUGCUUUGUAAUGUGUGUGUGUAUGUAAAUAUAAGAUAAGAUAGGGGGGAUGUUGAUACUAAGAAUAUACCAAUUAUUUACUGUUGGUUUAAAAAACAGGGCAGUUUAUGUGGAACACCAUCAUCCUGAUCAAUUGAUCAUUUCUAAAAAAUCGAACACAUUUUUUUAUGAAUUCAAAAAUGCAAAUAAAAAUCCUGUUUUUUAAAACCAUCAGUGUUUUAAUAAGCAAAUUCCUGAUGAUGGAAGUAAAAUUAGGUUUCAAUCAAAAUCCAUGGAUUCAUGUGAUCAGAAGACAAAUUAUAACUGAUUUUAAAUGUUUCUAGUAGAAAUUUCAAGUGUGAAUAUGCUAUAGCAGUGUGUUGAGUUGCUACAGAGCACUGUUAAAGCAGUACAGACAUAAAAAAGCUUCAAUGAUUAAAUGUUGCUUCUUAUUUCAUGUUUUAAAUAAACAUUUGCAACAUUUAACACUACAAAUCAAUAGCUGUCACUUCUUUAUUGUUACAUUUUGUGAAAAUUGUUUGCCUGUUGUUUAAAUCUAUUCCUUCAAAAAUUAAAAAAAAAAGGCGGUUUGUGAAUGUUUAAUGAUGUUUGCAUGUGUGUUUGUGUGUAGCUGGGGUAAUGGUUAGGACCUCCGUCAGUCUGGAUUCUUGCUCUCCUGCAGCUCCUUCCUUCAACUGUCUCAGGCUCCUCCCACAGCUAACCUGCCUGGCAUCAGCGUGUCAUUUAACGUGGAGCUCGUUCUGCCAGCAGAGUUUCUGAGCAACUUCUUCAGAGUUUGUGUGUCUUUUUGUUUUUACUUUGAGGCCGAUGGAAACUGAUGCCUGCAUGUUGCCUUACCGAGCCAUCUCAAACACACACACACACACACAGCAAACAAUUGUUCAUCCGCACAAGUCACGCACUGUGUUUCAGUUGGCAUCAAAUCAGACUUGCUGAUUUUAUAAACAGUACCUGUGAAAAUAAAAAGGUUUUUGUUGAUAUCCAACA